AAUUUCCAACUGGGCCAACUUCGUAUUUUUACUUUUCAGAGCUUUUCAUAGCGAACUCAUUUAAAUUUUAGGUUGAAGGUAAAUAAAAGCAUUUGACAUUUGCCGUCAAUUACUGUGCACUUAAUGGUGUUGAACCUACAAUAAAUUACGUACGAAAUAAACAUUGGAGAAAUAGUUCCGGUUGCAUUUUUGCUCUUCGUCUAGUUUUAAUGAAAACAAUGUUUUUGCAUAACAGAAAUCUAUGCAAGCUGGCAAGCAAUGUCGCUAAUUUCGCCACGAGCAGCGUCCGUUUCAGUAGCCAGAAGGCAAAGACUGCGAUACUCAUGCUGAACAUGGGCGGACCUCAACACACGGAUCAGGUGCACGACUAUCUGUUGCGCAUUAUGACGGAUCGCGAUAUGAUACAGCUGCCGGUGCAAAGCCGGCUCGGUCCAUGGAUUGCGCAGCGUCGCACCCCAGAAGUGCAAAAGAAGUACAAAGAAAUUGGCGGCGGCUCGCCAAUAUUAAAAUGGACCGAGCUGCAGGGCAAACUGAUGUGCGAGCAACUGGACAAACUGUCGCCAACUACGGCACCGCACAAGCAUUACGUUGGCUUUCGCUAUGUCAAUCCCCUGACUGAGGAUACUCUUGCGCAGAUCGAAAGCGACAAGCCAGACCGUGUGGUGCUCUUCUCGCAGUAUCCACAGUACAGUUGCGCCACAUCCGGCUCCAGCUUCAACUCGAUCUUCACCCACUACCGCGAAAACACACCACCCGCCAACAUUAAAUGGAGCAUUAUUGAUCGCUGGGGCACACAUCCGCUGUUCAUAAAGACAUUUGCGCAACGCAUACGUGAGGAGCUGGCCAAAUUUGUGGAGACUAAGCGCAAUGAUGUUGUCAUACUCUUUACGGCACAUUCGCUUCCCCUCAAGGCAGUAAGUAGGGGUGACCCGUAUCCCUCUGAGAUUGGCGCCAGUGUGCAUAUGGUUAUGCAGGAAUUGGGCCAAAAUAAUCCCUACAGCUUAGCCUGGCAGUCGAAGGUGGGACCCCUUCCCUGGUUGGCACCAGCCACAGAUGAUGCCAUCAAGGGAUAUGUAAAACAGGGCCUGAAGAACUUCAUACUUGUGCCUAUUGCAUUUGUUAACGAGCACAUUGAAACACUGCACGAGCUGGACAUUGAGUACUGCGAUGAGCUGGCCAAGGAGGUGGGCGUGGAGGAAAUACGUCGCGCUGCCGCUCCCAAUGAUCAUCCGCUCUUUAUUGAGGCCCUAAGCAGCAUUGUGGCAGAUCAUCUGAAGUCUAAUCAGCCCGUGAAUCCGAAGUUCUUAAUGCGCUGCCCCAUGUGCACCAAUAAUCGCUGCCGUGAAAGUAAAAAAUGGUAUCAACAGCUAUGCGCACACUAAAAUGUCAUUUUAUUUAUAUGAGACUCACAUAAUGCACCAUCUGUAGUGCAUUUUAAGUUAAUCAGCUUAAAGCUAUCAUUACAAUGUUCAUCAUGCUAUCAAUCGGUUCGCUUAUAGGUAUUUCAUUAAUUAGGUUCCGGGUUUUGCGACUGCGAGUCCAUAAGGCAAUAAAGACACUGCAUAAACAAAAA